AUGCAGGCGGCAGUGGGCUCGAAGUCCGUCAUGUGUGGCGCAGCGCUGGCUGCCCCCGCCCCGCGCGUCGCCCGCGGCGGGUACCAGCGCAUGGAGGUGGUCAUGAUGGCGAAGAGGCGUAACGCGAAGAAGGAGAAGCGCCAGCGGAACAAGGAGGCUGCCCGGAAGUACAAGAAGGCGUCCAACAAGGGCCGCAGGAACUUUGGUGGGCCGGAGACGGAGAACCAGGGGGCCGGGUGGGUGUCGCCGUUCCUCUACACCCCAGAAGAGCUCGCGCAGUCGCUCGAGUGA